GACAAGACGAGAUCUUGGGAGAAACUGAAAGCACUAAUCUGAGAAAAGUCCGUAAAGGAACAAGCUUUUUUUGAGCAGGAGCUACGCAAAUCAAAAUUAACUGGGGAAGUUAAUUUUAAAGGACAAAAUAUUCACAGGAUUUUCACAGUUUACCGGGCCCUGAUUCACUACAGGAUUUUGGGAAGGUGUCACUUGUUAAAAAGAUGAAGAUGAAGUAUUACAGCCAACAAGCAGUGCACGAGAACACACUUUUCAAUCGCUGCAUCCCAAACGACAUUGGUCCUAGCCCUCGCAGGCUAUCCCUCAAACCAAAUCGCUCAGUCCACUUUUCCAAUGACAUUAUCUUCCAAGAACAUGUCCGACAAGGAGACCUUGAGCAGAUCGGCCGCUUCAUCAGAGCCGGGAAGAUUAAUCUAAACACCAUCUACCUGUCCGGCAUGGCAGCACUACAUGAGGCUGUCCUCUCAGGGAACCUGGAGAGUGUGAAGCUGCUGGUGAAAUCUGGUGCAGACAUUCACCAGCAGGACGAGGAUGGCUGGACUCCCCUGCACAUAGCCUGCAGCGACGGGUUCCCAGACAUUGCCCGGUACCUUCUCUCAAUGGGUGCCAGCGUCGAUGUAGAGAACAAGUGCGGGGAAAAACCGGCAGAUCUCAUCGACUCUGAAUGCCCAGAGCUGGUGAAGCUGUUUGAGAAGGUCUGUGACUGAUCCCUCAGCCAUUAGCUGGAACUCAGCCACAUUUCUCCUCAUGAUUGCUGCAGCGACAGAAGAGAAUGACAAGUCAGUGACAUGCACACUGAUCCAGUGUAUGCUCACUCAAAUGGGAUGAUUGGCCUGGGCCAGGGGCAGGAGGCAGCAGACUUUAAAUGGUUGCCUGAUGAGGAUGGAAAGCCGCUACGGAUGCCUUUUCUGUCAAUCAGAAGACACACUUCUCCCUUUAAAAAUAAUUUUAAAAAAUAUGUUUUUAUACGUGGAGGAUAUGUGGUUUUCCAGGGAUUAUUGUGUCAAUUUGAAUGUUAUUUUCCUUUCUGCUGCAUUUUGUAUUCGUGUAUGCUUCUGUGUUAUAGACAAUAACUUUUGUGCCAAUGCAAGAACCUUUUGUUUCUGACAGUUUUCAGUGAUCACAGUCCUUAACCAGGUCAAAUAGGUAAAUUAUUCAACAUAAUACACAGUACCUGCUCACCUAUCACACAGUGGCACCCUCAUUGGUCAUGGUGAAUCUCAUUGGUGAGUCUACCUUGUCAGGAUGUACUUUAAUUAUUAAUAUUAUUUUCUCUAAAUGUAAAUGAAUAACUAGGUCUACACCUAAUUUUCACAAAUUACAAAGCAUCCACCAACAUACAGAUGUAAAAAGCUUGCAGUAUUAAGAAGACAAAUUUAAGUUUAUAGUGACAGUGCCUUUUACUCAAAUCACAGCACAUUAUUGUGAUGACAUUGCCGUUUCAACACAUUUGUACCCCCAAAAAUGACAUUUUGAAGGCACUCACAUUCACCAAACCUACACAUGGACACACUCUGUUCUAUGGCAAGCUAUAACUUGCAUUAACUUCCUUUGUUUGCUACUUGAUUGUAUUUUCGAAUAGUAGGGGUGUUUCUCCAAGUUGUCCCUAACUUGCACUUUUAGCUUAUGUGAAAGUCUUACAAUUUUUAUAUAUUUUUUCAAUAAAGUUGCCUUUUAUACCAAG